AUGGGUAUCACCGACUUCUUCUCCGACGUCUGGGAGACCUUCUCCCACCCCUCGGCCGACGCCGAGGGCCAACCGCCUGUCCAAGGUGGCACCAGCACCAACACGCCCGCUUCCGGCACCGACGAGGAGAGCUCCGAAGAAGCCGAUGUCAACAAGCAGGACGCGAAGAGCGGCGGCGACUCCGGAGAGCAGGGACACAAGCCCAGUGAUGGUGGUGAGGAUGAGCCGGAGGAGGACGAGGAAGAGGAGGAGACGCCGGACCCCAAGGAGCAACUCGAGAAGGAAUGCGCCGAGUCCAAGGAAUGCCACGGCCCCAAGCACCACUAUGACGAGUGCGCUCAACGGGUGACAGGCCAGAUUGAGAACGACGGCAAGGCCAGCGAGGACUGCGUUGAAGAAU